CUACAGCCAGGCAGCUAAAGCGUGAUCUGUUUACUUGGUGCUCGACGCUUAGACAAAGCUCACAAAAUCCAAAAACAACAACAAGCAACACAACACAACACAACAAACAACAACAAUUUCACAGCAAAUACCAACCAUGGCAUCUUCCACCACGAACAAUAACAUUGGUCCGGUCCUGGACUUUGAGCCUACUCAACCACGCAGUGAUGGUCGUCCCCACCUCACUUGCGACAAUGUUAUUGAAGCUGACAUCAAUGAGCAUGUGGAAGAAGCUCAUGAACAUGCCCUAGAAUGGGCUCUGCAGAUUGGUUUGGUCCGCAAGGACACCAAGAAGUUUAAAAAGUUCGCGGCAGCCCGUUUUACCUGGCUUGCAGCACGUGCUUAUCCAACAGUAGGCCUAGAAGAGCUCAAGCUCAUCUCUGACUGGAUUGCCUUUCUCUUUUUCUACGAUGACCUGUGCGACACCACAGAAAGCGUUGAAGACGGGAACAUCCAUCAGCUGGCAGCUGCCGAGGAUCGUUUGAUUGCCAUUGUGGCGAAUCACGGUCACAACAACCAAGAAAGCCCCAAUGAUGGUCCAAUUCAUCAUUCCCUCAUCAGUAUUUGCGAUCGGGCUGCUAUGAUGGGAGGUGGCAUCUGGUUGAAGCGCCUGGCCUUCCACUUAGAAGAAUACAUUCAAGGCUGUCGCUGGGAGCGGGUGCUUCGUCUCCAGGGCAAGACUCCAUCCAUUGCUUCCUACUCAAAGCUUCGUCUCAUUAUCAGUGCAGUACAUCCAUGUUUUGACUUUGCUGGCCUCUGCAUUGAUCCAUCCAAAACAGACUUUGCUGAGAACCCUCUAGUGCAAAAGCUGGAAAUGAUGGCAAACAACCACAUUUGUUGGGUGAAUGAUGUGUAUGGUGUGGACAAGGAGAUCAAGGAGGAAACAACAAGCAACAUUGUAGUUGUUAUUGCCCAUGAGAAUGGACUGCCAUGGAAAGAGGCUCUCGAUCGCUCAAUUAUCAUGUGCAACAAGGAAGCAGAGGCCUUUGUGGAGCUUGAGGAGUGCAUCCUGACUCUUGGCACUGUUGAUGACAACACCAAGGCUUACAUUCAUGCACUCAAGACUUGGAUGCGUGGAAACUUUGACUGGUACUCUGAAACUGGAAGAUACAAGGCAGCCCAAAAAGCCAAAGGGAAUGAUGGUGGUGGUCGUCGUCGUGCCUCUUCAUUUGUCCGGCAAUCCUGGCGUAUCAUGGGAGACCAGCUUGAAGAACUACGAGCACUUGAUGCAUUGGCCAAGCAAUAAGACUGAUUGUUGGAAGAAAAUGACCCGAGGAGAAUGUUUGCCAUUGUGGAGUUGACAGAAGAAAGCAGAAAAUAGCGACGCAAUGAUGUAACAGAAUAAGGUUUCAUUCGGCACGGUAAGCUGCGAGGGAAUGGCGUACUCCUUGGUCAAUAGUGAUAGAUAACAGACCAUCAAAACUAAAUCGAGAUUUCAGCUGCAUC